CCGUACUAUCCGUUCCAUCAUCAUUAUCGCUAGUAUGCAGCCCGAGUGCCAAUUACGAGCGCGUCUGCGCAGGCUUGUGGAUAAACCCACGGAAAGCGCGCAUCAUGUAAUUAUACCUUCGCACACCACUCUGCACCGAGGGGGGUUGUAUUCGCCGGGACGUCUUGUAUUCGGAAAGCAUUGCCAUGCGGUUACUGAAUAGACGUUACUUAGACACCUGCUUGACUGGCCAGUACAUAAGACUGCCCUCGAGCUCGUAUGUCGAGCCAGACCACAGGAUUCGCAGUCUCUGACCGUCCACCAUCACCUGCUUCAGUUAUGGAUACGAAAGAACCCAUGUACGGUAUACUAUCGCCCGAUAUUAUGCUUGAGGGUCUUCUACCCGGCUACAGCUUUCUGGCUCGACUUCUUUCGUUCUAUCUGCACACGGAUACCUCGGUCUUUCUUCUUGCUUUUAUAGCUUCCUUCGUGAUUUUCACAUAUGCUGUUCCGGUGCUUUUGACCCGCCUGUAUUCCGUUCUUCUCGAUUUGGCAGCAUCUGUUGAGAUCCGAUAUCACGAUACCAUAUACAACGACGUGAUGCAAUGGGCGUCUCAAGUACCUGCGUUAAGGGACGCGCGGAAAUCGAUCGCCGGUACCAAGAAUAAUUUCGUCUCUCCGUGGGAGAAGGACGAGCCAAAAACUGGCUGGCAGGAGCUUUCUAAGGAAGAACUUCAGCAGUUUGACGACGACCCACGAGAUUUCUGGGUCAAAAUUAGACAACUCAAGAGAUAUUUGCCUAUUCGAUACACACCUGCACCUGCUGGCUUUCACUUCUUCUUUCAUCGAGGGUAUCUUCUCGGGUUCCGUCGUCAGCCAUACAAGGAUGCCGGCAGCCCUUGGACUGAUCAUCGCGAGAAACUAUAUCUCUACGCGUGGCGUCAGUCCGUUCUCAGAGAUCUGUUGGACGAGAUACAGGGGAUUGCUGAGAAAAGGAACGACGAUCUUAUACGCGUUAACCAAGCAUUAAAGGAUGGAAUGGUUCCUCAGUGGGCCGGGCUACCAUCCAAAAGACCACGACCUCUCUCGACUGUUAUUGUCGAACCCGAUAUCAAGCGCGCAAUUAUCGCCGAUUUGACUGACUUCCUCCAACCGCGCACUCGUUCCUGGUAUCACGAACGUGGUAUUCCAUACCGACGGGGGUAUCUCUUCCAAGGCCCGCCUGGUACCGGUAAAUCGAGUCUUUGCCUUGCUAUUGCGGG